AAAACCAAUCAUCAUGAGUCUCGAGUUCCUCCAGCGACCAAACAGUGACGCCGCUCCUGUUCCUGUUGCAUCUUCACCAGAACCCCAAAUCAACACUUCCACCGCACCUGUUCCCGUCCCAGAACCCGCUACUGCUGCCUCUAUCGAAGAGCCAGUCACUAUUUCAGAACCCGCUCCCUCUCAAGAACCAGACACCGCUACCGAAGUGCCCGCACCCGAAGCUCCCGCUACCAUGUCUUACGCAUCUGUCGCCGCCAGUGGACCUCAACAGUCCGAGGAAGAGAGGCGCGCACACGCUGUCCCCGAGAUCCAACAUACCGACGACGAGGUCCACGAGCUCAUCGACGUCGACAGCCCUCACAUCUCGUCCGUCCCCUCCGACUUCCAGUCACAAGAGAUCCAGACCGAGACUCAGGCCGAGCGCGAGCGUCUUGAGUCCGAGGCCCGCGAGAAGGCCCAGCAGGCCAAGGAGGUCGAGGAGAAGGUCAAGCAAAAGGCACAGAAGGCCGCAGAGAAGGCCAAGGCCAACAGCGAUAACCCCGUCAUCCUCGGUAACACCGUCGCUGUCGUCGCUCUUGGUGGUCUCCUCGGUUUCGGCGCUUACAGAAAGUAUACUGCCGGCGAGCUCACCUGGAAGGUUGCAGGUGCUUGGGCCGGUGUUGUCGGUGUCUUCGCCCUCGGCGACUACUACGCCAGCAAGUUCCUCUUCAAGAAGUACCCUCCCAAGAACUAAAAAGUUCCCACGACGUUUCCAUUCUUGUACUUUGAGCGUCCUCUCUCUCGGCUCUAGUUUCAACCGUUUCUCUGCUUUGGAUAAUUCUUUCGCGUCAUGCUGGUCGGAUGAAUGCUCUGGCGCUGGAGGCUUGGAUGCGUGUAUCAUAAACGAAUUUCCCACAUUUCUCCCCUUCAUCCUUUUUCUGGCUGCGUUGCAGUACUCUCUUUAUGUAGUGACUGCUUCAUCUUUUGUCGGCCAGGUGGCCGUAUCAGGCAAGAUUGUCGAUCGGCACUGAGCCUUUAUGCACACUUUGAGAAACACACAAAAGCACUCACCAGUGGCAUGCAGUUCCAAUAUUAUUGACUGCCGACACAUCUAGGUCUAUACGGACCACGUGCGUGAAAAGCAUGAUGAUAUAAAAGUGGCUUAGACUAGGUAGAGAUGGUCAAGGCAUUUCGAUGUCCGAGCCGACC